AUGGACGGCUCGCGGCGCCACGGCCGCCCAGAGGAGGAACUCUUCCUGGGCCCCUCGAGCAAUGGCUCUCAAACGCCUACCGUCGGCCCGCUGCGUAUCAGCAAGCGCGACAACGCUGCCUCGCCUCCGCCACGCGCAGGCUCCGCGGCCAGCAUGAACGAAGGCCUCGCGCGCCCACCACCGGUACCCAACUUCCCUGCCCCAGCAUCCACGCCUCCCACCGGCCCGCUGCCCUAUCCCGACGACGAUCCGCGUCCACAGCCCGGUGCUGGCCGUCGCGUCUACACGCCGCUCUCGGAGCGCGAGAGAGCGUCCAGGAACAACACGCCUGAGCAAGAUGGGUACCGGCACCCGUCCGGUGGCUCCCCGCGUGCGCGGUUCGACGCAAGUGACCCUCACAGGCCCACCGUCUCGGGCUAUGCCUACGCGCCGUACGUUGCGGAAGAAGGCCGCUCAGGUUCUUCUCAGGGGAGGCCUGCGGAUAGGCGGCAAGGCACGCCGAAGCCACUCCCUGCUUCACCGGGCCCUGAGACUCCAGACAAGGAGGACCUGUUCCAGAAAAACCCCCAGCGCACUGGGUCGCAGCCUGCCCAAGCAGGGGCGAAUCCUUAUCCAGAGUACCACCAGCAAUACUGGCCACCUCCGCCAACAACGUCCUCGCCGCCUCAAAACCAAGCUCUGAGAAUCCCCAAUCCCGCAGGCGUGAACCGUCUCAGCUCCACCGCAUCCACGUCUACAACAAGAGCCCAGCGCGGCUCUCCGCCUCCGCCAGAAACACCUGCCAUCGAUCAUGCGCCAGGCGGAGGGAUAGAGGCACGUUAUGCGGCAGCCGGAAUUGCUGGGCCUUCGACGCUCAGCAGCAUACAAGGUCAGAAUGCCGCAGCCAACCAACGCCUUCAACAAUACGGCGGGCAGCCACCACAGGCAAGCCCUCAACCUCAGCAAGCCCAGCAGCCGGCCCAGCGACCGUGGACUCCAACGGAACAGCCCGGUUCACAGCCUCAUGGCCCUCCGACAGUAUACCAAGGCCUUUCUGAGGUGAGGCCACCAGUUUCCUCCACUCCUCCAGCCGGGCACCCUGCCGUAGCAUCCCCCGCACCUUCGUCCGCCGCGCAAGCUCCAGCCCAACAGGCCGUUGCACCUGGAGCAGCCGCCACGAACAUUGGGCUUCGGCCUGGCGAGCAAACGCUAGAGUCGGAUUUCCAGCGAAUGAACGUCACCGAAGAGCCCCCACCCGCGUACUCAAGCGUGCAGCCUCAGACACCUCAAGGCUAUCCGAACGAAAAGCGGCCCGCUCCUGCGAAUCAACAAGCUCCUGCGCAAGUGAGCGCUGGAGGAGCGGCCACUGAUCUGAAUCUACAAGGACACCCCGCCUUCGCGAACCAGCAAGGCCUCCAGCCAGGAGCUGGGGCUCAGCCAGCCUCACAGCCCCCCGUGCAAAUGCAGCCGCAACCAGUACAGAGUGCUGGGCCAAGCAAUCUGGCACCCCUUCAGAUCCACCCUUAUCAACAGAACAGUUCGCCUGGACCCGGCCCAGGCCCGGCGUCGCCUCCUCCUCUUCCAGAAGGAUGGAUUGCACACCUGGAUCCCAACUCUGGCCACUACUACUAUAUCCAUCUUCCGACUCAAUCUACCCAAUGGGAGUUUCCCAAGGGCCCGACUCCUCUCAAUCUCAGCGAGCCUCUGUCUCCCACGGGGACUUUUGUGAACCCUCUCACCUCGCCAGGUUUGGGGUCUUUCUCGGGAAAGCCGAUGGCAUCGCCUGGGUUCCCACCACAACAAGCAACGUUCCACGAGAGCAUGCCUGGAAUGGCAGGCUUGGCAAGCCCCACGGCUGCUGGCUUCACUGGUCCGCCCCCACAAGCCGGAGUAGACAUGUACAAGAUCCAACCCACAAACGGUGUCUAUUUCGGACCGUACCUGCGCUACACCAACAUGGACAUCGAACGCGGUAUCUGGCUUGGUUCUAUUCUGUUAGUCACAGAUGCGCCUCAACCUCCCACUAUCCACAUCCAUCAAAGUGUGGAUCUCUCCCCCAAUCCGCGACAGUUGAAACCCAAUCCCAUCUACAGUCAUCAGAGAUGGGUUUUCUACAGGUACGAUGUGGAUCUCAAAAUGGAGGAAGGCCAUGCUGCCAAGUGGACGUAUGCUGUGACUUCCCAUUUGGGAUGCACACGUUAUGAAUUCCUCGUUGCAGGCCGUAAUGAGACGAGCUGGCGGUUCAUCGCACAUUCAGGCAACGAUUUCGCACUCAAUGUCGGUGCCAAUGAGCGCCAGAAGCUCGGUGGUGUUGGCUACAUGUGGAAAGACAUCUUGCAGAAACACAUUGAAUGUGGGGGGUUCCACGUCCAGCUCGGCCUGGGCGACCAGAUCUAUGCGGAUCGUAUCUGGAAGGAAAUCCCUCUGCUGAAGCAGUGGACGUCUAUGAGCGGCAAGGAGAACCGCAAGAAUGCACAGUGGACGGCGAAGCAUGAAGAAGACGUGACGCAUGCCUACUUCCACUACUACACAAGCCAUUUCGAUCAGCCACAUCUUCGCGAAGCAUUCGCGCAGAUCCCGCACAUCCUUGCUCUGGAUGAUCACGACAUCUUCGAUGGCUGGGGGUCCUAUCCCGAGUACAUGCAGUUCUCUAACAUGUUCAAGAACAUCGGGAGGAUUGGCAUUGAGAUGUACCUCUUGUUCCAGCACCACACGACUUUGGAGAUCCUUCGCAACGUAAACAACGACCAGGACCUUUUCACAAUCACUGGAACAGGCUGGCACUUCGUGAAGUAUUUGGGGCCGUCGGUCGUGGUUGUGGGCCCAGACACCCGAUCUGAGAGAAACCCGCAUCAGGUUAUGGCUGGCCCGACGUAUCAAGGCCUCUUCCCCAAAGUAGCACUGUUGCCUCCAAGUGUUCAACAUUGCAUCUGGAUGAUUCCUGUGCCCCUGGUCUACCCGCGACUGGAAUCGGUCGAGCACCUGGCCAGCACCAUGGCCACCGGCAAGAAGGCCGUUACCGGCACUUUCAACAUGCUUGGCAAGGUCACAAGCUCCGUCGCCGGCGUCGUCGGCGCCAAAGGGGUUGUUGGCGACGGUUUCAACUCGGUCAAGAAAGCCGUUGGCAAGUCUGGCUUGAUGAGCGGCAUCCUGAGUCCCUUUGGAGAGAUCGACGUACUGGACGAACUCAGGGAUCAAUGGACCCACGAAUCCAAGGAUCUUGAGCGGACCUACUUGAUUCGCACACUCCAAGGCAUCUCUCACAAUAAAUCUCUUCGGAUGUCGUUCCUAUCUGGGGACGUCAGUUGUUGCGGCGCGGGCCUCGUACACGAUCCGUCUCGUCUUCAAGACCACAAGACAAUGUAUCAGAUCAUUUCCUCCAGCGUGGUCAACAGCCCCCCUUCUUCCUACGUGUUGCGGAUGCUCCACAACAACAAACCUCUCUGGGUCCCUGCCAACGGCCACCGAUCGACCCAUAGUCCCUCCGACACCAAGGAAGAGAUGAUGGAGAUUUUCACGCAGGAUGUGAACGGCCAACCCCGAGAGCUGAAGCGAUUGAUGGGUCGUCGAAACUACGUGGCCUGUGUCAUUUACGAUCCAGAGAUUGUGAAUGGGACGUUCGGCCAGGCAGUCCCAGGUCAGGGCGGAGGCAAGCUGAGCAUUGCGGUAGACUUCAUGGUCCAGAAUGAGAACCUGUACGGAGCGCCCAUGAAAUACGGACCGGUGAUCAUCCCAAGCCUGGAGUACGGCAGGUAG